CGCAGAAGUUAUUUUGUUUUCGUUAUGGACGUCAAAAACUUUCCGAAGUGAAUUCGCGCGUGAAGGAGGCGUAUACUUCCUAUUAGUUCCGUUGGUUGGUCUUCUGCAGAUAAAUAUUUCGUCUUACAAUAGGUCAACGAACGGUACAACUAAUAUUCUUGUAAAAAAAUUAUUUUAAGUGCAAAAAUUUUAAUCUAAAAUGCUGAACUGAAGUCUAUUAAUUAUUUGAAACUCUUCUGUUGAAUAGGAAAGUGUAAAAAUGAGUAAAUAUCAGACUUUUGAAAAUGAGUCGGAUCAAGAAUCUCCAGCUGUGACUGUUGAAACUGAACACUUGGAUGCUAGUUUAAAUAAAUCUUUGAAACCAGUCAGUGGCUCAUCAAUCCCAAUAACCAAAUCAAAAACUGUUGGACAGUCUAGAUUUGUAGAAAAUCCUGUUGAAAACAUUGGGGACUUUAAUACAGCUAUUGCUAUCUCAGAUCCUGCUGAACUUGACGAAAUUACAACUGAAGUAGGGUUUAUACAAUUUCAGCUAAAGCAAAUUGUUGAACAUUUAAUUUUUAGAAUUUUCAGUUUAUUGUUGAUCUUAGCUGAUAUCAGUAUUUUGAUAGCGGCUUUAGCCAUACCUAAUAAAACAGAUGUACAAGAAAAAGCUUUUGAAGUUACUGCUUUAUGUUUUGUUUGUUACUUCUUGCUUGAAGUUUCUCUUCGUAUUGCAGCAAAGGGAAUGAGGCAAUUCUUUAAUGAAUGGUAUAAUGUGGUAGAUUUAGUAGUUAUAAUCGUUUCUUUUAUUGUUACUGUGAUUUAUACUUCAGUUGAUCUUGAACUUGGUUAUGCAAAACUUGUUGUUGCUGGGCGUUUGAUACGAAUAGUCACAUUUAUUCGAUUAUAUACAGAAAGGAAGCACUUAGUGAAAGGUGCUCGCCAAAUGGUUUCACAAAAUAAAAGAAGGUAUCAAAAAGAUGGAUUUGAUUUGGAUUUAACCUAUGUUACAGAAAGAGUCAUUGCAAUGUCUUUUCCUUCUCGUGGAAAAAUGUCUUUAUAUAGAAAUCCUAUUCAGGAAGUUGCUCGUUUUUUGGAUUUCAAGCAUAAAGAUCAUUAUAAAGUUUAUAAUCUGUGCAGUGAGAAAACUUAUGAUGAUACUUAUUUUCAUGGAAGAGUUGAAAGAUUCAUUAUUGAUGAUCAUAAUGUACCAUCUGUUACUGAUAUGAUCCGGUUUGUGAAAAACGUUCGGGAAUGGUUUGAUCAAGACAAAAGUAAUGUUAUUGCUGUUCAUUGCAAAGGUGGCAAAGGAAGAACUGGUACAAUGAUAUGUAUAUGGCUCGUUGAAGCAGGAUUGUUUGGAAGUGCUGAAGCUAGUUUAGAUUAUUUUGGAAAUAGACGUACAGACUUAUCUAAAAGCAGCAAGUUUCAAGGAGUUGAAACUCCUAGUCAGAAUCGCUAUGUAGGUUACUUUCAAGAGAUAAAAGAAAAGUUUGGUGGGGUACCUCCUGAAGAAAUUCCUUUGAGAUUGCGGCAAAUAAAAAUUACAGCAUUAGCAGGUAUUGGAAGAGGAAAUGGUUCAGACUUGACUUGCGAAGUGUACAAUGGACGUUCUAAAGUAUUUGAGUGUGACUUUGGCAUUAACAAAAAUUGUCAAGCUGAAUAUAAAUCAGAAGCAGAUGUUCUGGAGGUCACUGUCUUAAACUGCCCAAUUCUUCACGGAGAUGUUAAACUUAGAUUUCAGUGUUCAUCCAGAGGUGUUCCUAAAGGCUAUGAAAAUUGUCCAUUCUAUUUUUGGUUUCAUACCAGUUUUAUUGAAAACAAUAGAUUUCAUGUGCAGCGAGACUAUUUAGACAAUCCUCAUAAGACGAAAACAUGGAAAGUGUUUAGAGAGAAAUUCUCCAUUGAAUUACUUUUCAAUCCUCCGGAUGACAAGCAAGAUAUUCCACUCAACUGAGAUUUUCAUCAAAUUGUGAAUGGGCAUUAUUCUCAUGAAGUUCAAUCUUGUGAAUUGUCCUCUUACGCAUUUUCUACAGUAAACUGUAUGCUGAGCACAAAGGUUGAAAAAAAAAUAUUUUUAAUACUAACAAAGGAAAGUCUAAUUAAAUGCAAGGUUUUAAUUUCUAAAGUUAUUGUUAUUCAUUUUAAGAUUUGUCUAUGCUAAUACAUUUUUAAAGUAGUGGAUUAAUAUAAUCAAUGUGCAGCUGCAGUUUCAUAUUUUAAUCUUUGAGAUUAAAUCAUAUUUCAAGAAGGCUGAAUCAUCUUUGUAUUCUCAUUUGUUAUUGUUGAGAGCUAGCUAUCUUACUUUAUUGUUGUUCCCUCUUUAAAUAUAUUUAAAUAUCCACCUGCAACUUUUAUAAACCCUGUUAUAUUGUUGAUGACUUUUUGAUAGAAAUUUAACAAUUUUUAAUAACUUCAAAAACUUUAUUAUACAAUGUUCUUUAUACAAUUUCUGUCCAUUAUAUUUACUGUGUUCAUUCUGUGAUCUCAAUGUUUUAGUUUCAAAGGUUUUGAUUCACUUGUGUGAUGGAGGGUUAUUUAUUCAACACUGGAGUUGAAAGUAUGUUUGAUUCUAAUGGGAACAAACUAAAAUAGUUAUUGAUCUGCUUUUAUACUUUUAUAUACAAUACAUAUUUUUAUACAUUGAUUAUAGAUCUAUUUUCAUAUUGUAUUUAAACCUAUCAUGAAACUGUUUUUAUAAUUCAAUGUAUUGUGAAAUUUUUCAUUUAAAUGAGUUUUAUGCAUAUUGAAUAUUGUACGAAUUCUGGAUAUUAUAGUUUUGUAUUGAAAUCUUAGCUACAGAAUAGUAUGGUUCUCAGCGCGAUGAUCUAAUAAUAUUUGGUUUCUAUUUUAUGUAAUGUCAAAAUUAUUGCAAUUGAAUAUUGUGAAUACAACUGUAAA